CUUAGACCUGACCUACUCAUAGUGCCUCGAAGGAUUGCUCUAAUGGAUCGGACCAAGGCGAAACUGGCGACUUUCUUCAACAAUGACGAAGAGGAAGAACAGACGUUUCCUGUAUGAUGGAUUGCAAGCAUGUUCCAUCUCCCUGUAGCUCAAACUCACACACCUUUGGCUCUCCUUAAGCAGAAAGUAGUAGACGACCAGAAACUAUCACAAUACACUCAGGGGACCGUCCGAAAAUCCAAGCGGGAGAAAGAGAAAGAAAGGGAGGAGGCAAAGAGGCGUGAAGAAGAGGAGCUAGCCGCGAAAACGUAUGCUGAAUUCCUGGACGAUUUCGAGGGAAACACUGCCCGUAAGAAGGGAAGCGGGUUUGUCAGAGCUUCUGCGGCUGGGGCGAGCGACAACCUCGAAUACAACCCCCGUGGAAGAGGCCAGAGAGACCUAGGAACACGGGCAUUUUAUGACGAUGACUCUCCGCGCCAGCCUUCCCCUCCUGUUGCACCUGCUCCCAAACCGAAAGGCAAACGGGCCAUGGAUGAUUUUUUGGAAGUUAUCAAAAAAGAACAGGCAGAGCGAGAACGGAGACUGGCAAGAAGUAGCCAAGCACAAGGGCGGUCUGUGACAGCGCUUGCAGCCUAUGAGGGCCAGAGUGGAAGUAAAGACCGUGGCGACCCCUUGACUUCUAAUAUUUUUGUUGCAAAUCUGCCACAGAACGUUAACGAAACCUCUUUGGGCAAUUUCUUUGCUUCCCGUUGUGGACCAGUUGGCUCCGUUAAAAUUAUGUGGCCCCGUGGAGACGCUACGCUUGGCCCAGGUGCAGACAUUACAGCGACGCGUGCAAAGCGUGCUGGUGGACUUAGCGGAUUCGUAUCGUUUAUGAAACGCAAGGAUGCCGAAACAGCAAUCCGAGAAAUCGACGGCUUUGACUGGGGAGGCUCCAUUCUGAGAGUUGGGUGGAGCAAAGCAGUACCAAUGGCAGCCAAGCCUGCCUAUGCGAUUUACCCUGGGUCGCGCUCAAGGUCUCGGUCCCGGUCUAAUGACAGAGCUCGAGGACGGAGUCGAAGUUACUCACCGGACCGUUAUCGAUCUCGAUCACAUUCACGCUCUCGUGGAUUUAAGCGUCCACGUAGCUAUUCUCGCAAUUGGUCGCGUAGUAGAAGUAGAGCUCGUUAUCAUAAGUCGAGGUCAAGGUCACGAUCCCCUUCCUACGUUCGCGCGAGGAGGGAUAGUCGGAGUCGAAGUCGGGGCAGACAUCGCUCGUAUAGUCCGACAGGACCCGGCCGGAUUGGCGUGGAUCCUGAUACCGAAAAGUUCAUUCGGACUGUUGCUCUGAAAGUUAAAGAUAAUGGGGAGAAGUUCGAGGACCUUCUCCGCGAACGAGAACGUCAGAAUGCGAAGUUCAGGUUCCUGUUUGACCCUUCAACACCUGAGAAUCUGCUUUAUCGUUCCCUAGUUAAUGGUGAAUCCAUACUUGAAGGAUUUGACGACGAAGGCUACAACUCAAUCUACUCUACGGAUUCAGCCGAAGACUCCGAGCGUGAACGAGUUCGUAAAACCAAACUCGGAAAACUUGCGCGUCGCAGGUUCGAAGCAAUGCUCCGAGCACUCUCCGGCAAACGCGGAGAACUAGCACGCUGCAUGGCGUUCAGCCUCGAGCACGCCGAAGCAGCAUCAGAAGUCAGCGACAUCAUCGUAUCCUCCUUACUAGUCGACGGUACACCCGUCCCAAGGAAAGUCGCGCGUCUUCACCUCAUCUGUGAUAUCCUACACAAUUCCGCUGUGACACUUCCGAGUGCUUGGAAGUUCCGGCAGGAGUUCCAGCCUCGACUUGGUAUUGUCUUCGAUCACUUGUCGGGAAUCUAUCAUUCGUUCCCAGGACGGAUUACGGCGGAGACGUUCAAGAAGCAGAUUACUGCCGUCCUUGACGUUUGGGAGGAUUGGAUUGUAUUCCCUCCGGAGUAUAUCGAGGCCUUGAGAUCUCGUCUGGAUGGUACGAUAAAUACCGAGAUGAAGGACGAAGAGGAAACAAACGAGGAAACAGAAGCCCGAAACGAGACACCUGUUUUCACAGCGAAGUUCAAGACAAGUGCUUUCAAGCCUGCGGAAGUCGUACAAGAAGAUGCUCCUGCGACUAAAGCUAGAAGUGCUGCGGAAGACGAAGACGGUGAAGCAGACAUGGACACGGAUAGUGACGCCGAGGAGCAAGUAAAGCCCGACGCAAGCGCAGAGGAUGUGGAUGGUGUGCCGAUUGACGACGUGGAUGGAGAACCUAUCGACGGCGAUCCCAUUGACGGUGAUCCUUUGGAUGGUGACCCUAUUGAUGGCAUGCCCAUUGAUGAUGUUGACGGUGAACCUAUCGCAGACGAUGAUGCCAAGUCAUGCGAGACGGCUUCAUAA